AUGUCGAAUAUUUCAAAAGAUACUGGAAAUAACCAGGAGGGCCCCCAGAUGAAAGCAAACAACACAAACAGCUAUCAUUCCACUUUAAGCAAUGAUACAGUUGAAGCAGAAUCAGUGUGGAAUAAAGCUAGUAUAUAUCGCUCCUGGCUUUUGCUUUGCUAUACAACAGGUCCGGUUGCUUCCAUGUCCAGGACUUAUGUUCCUGCUGCAAUACAAUCUGUUGCCAGACUCGUAGGUAAGAGUUCAAGCGGCGGAAGGUGUGAUAUUAGAGGAAACGACUGUUACGUUAAAUUUGGUGUUGGUAAGGUUCAUUAUACAUCCUAUGUUUUAUAUUUAAGAGCCAUUUAUACUGCGUUAGAAGGGUUAUUAGCUUUCUUCAUGAUGGGAGUUGCUGACUACGCUAACUAUAGAAAAUGGCUUUUAAUUGGUUCGAUUGCUGCUUACGGUGUAUUUGCAUUACCAUUCGCAGGAUUAACCAAUAAGGAUUAUUCGACUUUGAAAGGUUUGAGUGCAUUGUAUGCUUUACUUAACAUAGAUGAUUCUAUUUAUCAAAUUUUGGAAGGCUCUUACAUACCACUAUUCAUGAGAGCUUCGGCUCCACCAGGUGAGUAUGCUGAAGAGGUACGCCGUGAGAUGGUUUUAAAAAGAGGCUCUACAGUAAGUGUCAUGGGUCUUUUCUUGGGUAACUUAGGAGGGCUCACUGCUUUAUUGAUUGGAAUAAUCAUAUCAUACGGUAGAGGGGGUCCAAUGGAAGAUGGUUACCAUAAUUUUUUAUUAGCCAUAACGAUUGCAGGUUGUAUAACGGUUGUAUUCUCCAUAGUAAGUGGGUAUUUCAUUCCAAGCGUUGAGAAUAAACCUAGACCCAAAUCUGAAAAUUUAGUCUUUUUAACGGUGAAACGGUUUUUCCAAUUGUUGAAGAAUAUGAAAAAGUAUCCUAAUGCAUUUUUAUAUUGUGUUUCCUGGGUAAUUUGGAAUGUAACUUUUACCAACUUCAUGAGUGUGUUUGUUUUACUAUUCAGGUCGACUUUAGGGCUAGGCUCUUCUGAUAGUGAGUACACUGUAUAUACAUUUAUUUCAUAUAUUACUGCUUCAUUAGGUUCACUUACCUGGAUGUUUUUAUAUCCCAGAACACAAAUAAAGAUGAAAACCUGGGGUUAUGGAUUUUUAGGAUUUUCGUUAUUUACUAAUUUCUGGGGGUGUUUAGGCAUAAAUUCCAAAACCAAAGUUGGAUUUAAGCAUCGAUGGGAGUUUUGGGUUUUUGAAGUAUUAUAUUCUGCCACCAGUUCUGCGCAGAGGUCAUUGAAUAGAACUUUGUAUAGUACCUUAUUACCCGAGGGAGAAGAGGCUCAGUAUUUUGGUUUGGAAGUGAUGUUGGGAGUGGCUACUGGCUGGAUUGGUUCAUUGGUGAACGCAGCCAUUCAAGAUCGUACUAACAAUGACCGAUUCCCAUUUUUGCCUAACUUGAUCUUAGUUGGGGUAUCAAUAUUCUUGUAUUACUUGAGCGAUACUGAGCAAGGGAUGAAGGAUGUUAGUAAAUUGGUUGAAGAAAAUAUCAGUGAAGUAAAUGAAAAUACUGAGAUUGUUAUUAAGAAGACAAAAUGA